UUUAACAAAAUCGGUGGAGAAGGUCGGAAGGGGGUCUCCAGCCAUGCCGGCCGGGAAGACUUUUCGCCGGAGGAAGGUGGACUCCGAGGAGGAAGAGGAGGAUGAGAAGGUGGCCGAGGAGGUUCGAUUAAAACUAGAAGAAGCGAAGGAAGUGCAGAGUUUAAGGAAGAGACCAAGCGGUGUGAGUGCUGCUGCCUUGCUUGUUGGAGAGAAGCUUCAAGAAGAAACUACUUUGGUGGAUGACCCCUUUAAGAUCAAGUCGGGCGGAAUGGUGGACAUGAAGAAGUUGAAAGAGCGAGGCAAGGACAGGAUCAGCGAGGAGGAGGACCUCAACCUUGGCACCUCAUUUUCAGCCGAGACCAACAGGAGGGAUGAAGACGCAGACAUGAUGAAAUACAUCGAAACUGAGCUGAAGAAGAGGAAAGGGAUUCUGGAAAACGAGGAGCAGAAAGUGAAGCAAAAGAACGCAGAGGAUUGUCUGUACGAGCUCCCAGAAAGCAUCCGUGUCUCCUCGGCCAAGAAGACGGAGGAAAUGCUGUCCAAUCAGAUGCUGAGCGGGAUCCCUGAGGUGGACCUCGGAAUUGAGGCCAAGAUAAAAAACAUAAUCUCCACUGAAGAGGCAAAGGCAAGAUUGCUGGCUGAACAGCAGAAUAAAAAGAAAGACAGCGAGACCUCCUUCGUCCCCACCAACAUGGCCGUGAACUACGUCCAACACAACCGAUUUUAUCACGAAGAGCUGAAUGCUCCGGUCAGAAGAAGUAAAGAGGAGCCUAAGGCUCGCCCCCUGAGGGUGGGAGACACCGAAAGACCAGAAAUGGAAAAAUCUCCUCCGAACCGCAAGCGCCCACCAAACGAGAAAGCCACUGACGACUAUCACUAUGAAAAAUUUAAGAAGAUGAACAGGAGAUACUGAAGCGAGCUUGUGGUUCGGUCCUCGCAGACUGGGCGUUUGUGAUGCUCUCCACGUCCGCUGGCUUGAGGAUGGAACGCAAAGGCGCUGUGAGAACAGGGCUGUUUCCCAUCUCCUGCCAAGGUUCACUUCGCUUCAGCUUUCCUCCACGAAAUUCCCCUGCGUUAUAGUUACCGACUCAUCUUUUCGUGUUGAUUUGUAUCGCAUUUCCAGGGGUAAAGAUUUCUAUUUUAAGCAAA